GUAUUUCCUUCUACAUUACAAACAAAGAUCAUUAUGGAGCCAUGUUGUAUCCUCCAGAGUCACAUCACCCUCUGAAGGAAGAAGUAGAACAGAUGUUACACACUAAGCUGGAAACCAUGUUGGACGAUCACGUUCCCAUGUCGACCUCACCGUUCAUCACUUUACCAGAGGAGAAACCAGCUAAUAAGAUGGGUUUUGAUGAGAUAUAUCUCGUCAAUCUUGAGAGAAGGCCACUCAGAAGACUGAGGAUGCAAGCAGCCCUUAAACUUCUCAGAAUUGAUUUUAAGCUAAUUAAAGCAGUUGAUGGCAAGUUGUUAUCACCUGAUAUCCUGAGAGAGAUGGGCAUUGAUAUGUUACCAGGUUAUGCUGAUCCGUACUGGGGGAGAGUACUCACCAAGGGAGAGAUUGGAUGCUUCCUCAGCCAUUACAAUAUAUGGAAAGAAGUUGUGGAAAGGAAUCUAUCUCGUAUCCUGAUUUUUGAAGAUGACAUCAGAUUUGGAGCUCGUUUUAAACCUCGCAUGGCAAGCGUCAUGGCUGAGGUAGCAGCUAGGAAACUAGAAUGGGAUCUGAUAUAUGUUGGACGUAAGAUUCUGCACAUGAAAGGAGAGAAAUUCUUGUCUGAUUCAACCCAGAUUGUCACACCAAGCUACUCCUACUGGACACUGAGCUACAUGCUAACUCUAGAGGGCGCUAAGAAGUUAUUAGCUCAGGAGCCGCUAGGGAAGAUGGUACCGGUCGAUGAAUACCUACCCAUCAUGUUUGAUAAGCAUCCAGAGGAUGAAUGGUUAGCUCAGUUUCGCCCUCGAAACAUGAGAGCAUUCUCAGUAGAUCCUCUGAUGGUGUCACCUACCCAUUACACCGGUGAGAAGAAGUACUUCAGUGACACCGAGACAUCAAGCAUCUGGGAGGAGCUUGAGAAGGCAAGGAACGGUAAACCGGGUGUGGCCCAAACCAAUGAAACCUCCACCGACGGGGGCAACGCUCCAAACGAGCAGGUGCCGCCAAGCGAGGGCGUGAAGCAUUCAGAAAGCCGCAAGGAUACACCAAAUGAAUUUAAUCAAAUCACUCCUAAGUCAGCUCAAGGUGGGAUGGAUGGUGCUGGACAAACACAUUCUGGUCGUGAGGAGUUAUGACAGCGAUGACCAGCGCCCUCAAUGUCAAUGUAUUUAUAAUGUACACGUGGUGAUACUUUAUCUCAAGUUUUGUAAUACCAUGCGAUGCCAAUGUCAGAUACCACAUGCAUGUUUUAAUAUUAGGCAUUCUUAUUGUCAUGUUAGAUUUGUAUGAUUUGGAUUUUGAGUAGUAAAAAAUGUUGUAUGUCAUGUCAAUUUGUCUU